AUGGAUGAGGAGGCUCAGGACAGCGAGUGUCCCGUCUGCUACGAGAGCUUCUCGGACAGCGCCAGGACGCUCAGUUGCGGCCAUCACUUCUGCCAUGACUGCUUAGUGCGAACAUUAGUGAACACCAGCCUGAACGGGACUAAUAAACGGGAUAACAUCAUCUGUCCCGUCUGCAGACACCUGACAUUCAUCACAAAGCAGCACGGAUUUACAGUUUCAACCACAGAAUCCAAAAGACUUGGAAAGACUUUGGAAGUGCCAUCAGCGCCCACUCCUGAAUUGAGGAACACUGCUGGGUCUCAUACCGGAGGUCUGGAAUGUAUCUGCUGGUGUCUAAGAAGGAUUUCAUGUAGACUGUGUAGACGACAACUGGUCUGUCCUAAAGACGCCUCAGAGGUGUUUAUUAUAAGUGAAUUGGGACGACCCAUGGCAGAAGGGGACAUUAUCGACAAUGGGACGACGUCAGGGACACAGCAAGACUACAGCAGCAAUGGACAGAGGUUUUGCACCAUCUCCUGCUGGCUUCUCGUCCUAAUGAUCUCUUUCACAUUACUGGCACUGGUGGCUGCCACUCUUCCAUGGGUUUUGUUGGCGUAA